CUUUUCUGUCCAUCCCUUCAAUCUCCUUCCCUCGACUUCUCAAUACACACUGGGACUCUUCUCUGCUCUCCUGCCAGACUGGUGCAUUUUCUCUCUCUCUCUCUCUCUCUCUCUCUCUCUGUCUCUCUCUCUCUUAUAGACACACACACACACUUUCAAGAGACUUUGGUGUCCCUCUGGCACUGUACACCUCCUACCCGUUUCUUUGCCCUUCACUGCUAAUCAUUCCAGCGUACGGGGAGAACUUGGCGCUGGCGGCCCGGAAGAUUCUGCUGGGCGCCACCGCAAUCAUGCUUCUCAUCAUUUUGGUCGUACUCAUUCCCGUCUUGGUGAACUCAGUGGGAGGAAACGAGGACAGUAGUCACUACGAAAUGUUGGGCACCUGCCGAAUGGUCUGCGAUCCGUACCUGGACAAGACAGGCACCGUCGGAACAGGAAUCAGCUCGCCGACAGACGGCGACGCAGCCGUAACACACAUCCAAGCCGAGGCGGAGCCGCUAAAUGACCACAGCGUGAGCCCGCCGUUGCCAACGUACAUCCACGGCAGGCCAGGAAAACCAGGAAAACCUGGACCUCCUGGACCACCAGGACCACCCGGAGAGCCUGGUCCUCCAGGUCCAAUGGGGCCACCAGGGGAAAAAAGCAUGACAGCUGUAGAUGGCAUUGGCAGCUUUAAUACAGGUUCACGUGUGGCAUUCUAUGCUGGCCUGAGGAACCCACAGGAGGGCUACGAGAUCCUGAGGUUUGAUGAUGUUGUCACUAACAUCGGCAACAAUUACGACAGUGCGACAGGGAAGUUUGUGUGCAAGGUGCCCGGUACAUACUUUUUCACCUACAAUGUACUGAUGAGGGGCGGCGAUGCAUGCACCAGCAUGUGGGCAGAUCUUCUGAAAAAUGGACAGGUGAGGGCAAGUGCUAUAGCCCAGGACCAAGAUCAGAGCUAUGAUUACGCCUCGAACACAGUGAUCCUGCACCUGGACCCAGGAGACGAGAUCUUCAUCAAGCUGGAUGGUGGCAAAGCUCACGGUGGAAACAGCAACAAAUACAGUACCUUUGCAGGCUUCAUCCUUUACUCCGAUUAGCGGAAACAAUCUUCAGGUUUGUGAUUUCCUAAAAGGGGCUUCAGUGUCUUGAAGGGGACAGGGCAAGUUUACUAAUCCUUCUUAAACUCUUCAGUGGAUCAUUAAAUACAUACACUAGUUCAGAUUCCUAUUAUUUGCUGACCAAAGUGGACCUUUUGUGGUCUUCUGCUGUUGUAGGGUUAAGGUUAGGGGUUAGGGUUAUCUGCCUUAAGGUUCAAUGUGCAUUCUGGGAUGCUUUUACGUUCACCACAGCAAUAAAGAUUGGUUAUUUGAGUUACCAUAGCCUUUCUGUCAGCUUGAACCAGUCUGGCCAUUCUUUUUCCUGACUUUUUGUAGCAUAAUUACAUCAAGUAUUGAUAUGUUGUGCAUUUUAGAUGCUUUUCUGAUCACCACAGAUGUAAGGGGUAGUUAUAUGAGUUACAAAUACAGGGGCUUCACAAACUAUAUUGAUCGUGAUUAAUUAAGCAAAAGUCCAUUUCAGUUUCAGGUUCGAAUUUAGGUUUCAAGUUCAUGGGGUUCAUGGAUGACUACUUAAUGCAAAACACUGUAAAGUCUUUGAUUCUAAUCAUAAUAUUAAGGUUAUGGGGUAUGUUGUUAUUAUAGGGCAAUCUGAGACUGGACCAAAAUGCAUUUAGCCGUUUGAUCAAGAUGUCUUCUUUGUACGAGUCUCUUGUCUUGUUCGUGAUUUUGCCGUGACGUGUCAUGCGUAACUACUACUCGUGUUAACCGGAACUUUAUGAUUCAAAAUUCAAUGUGGAAUAAAUGAACCUGAACCCUGUGUUUAAUCCAUAAAGCGUAGUCUGAACUAAUAUCAGUAUUGAGUCUGUAAAAAAGCGGACGUGUAUAUAUUGGCUUUCCUAGUAAUAAUAAUAAUAAAAAAAAGAAUAAAUCAGGAUGGAUGGUAUAACAAACAGCUUCUGAGAUUAAAAAGAUGAAUUAAAAUUCCAAUCAGGACUUCGCUCCGAGAUAGAAACAUAGUGACCUCACAUAUCUUGGCGUAUCAUCAGCAUUAAUUACUGUUGGAUAAUUAUGUGCAGAAGGUGUGAGCGGUUCUUGUAUUGAGAGAAAGCUUUCCAUCUGAUAAGAGGAAAGAAAAAAAAUGUCUUAAUGCAGCCAUCCCUGAUUGGGGUUUUUAAGGGAUCCGGAUGUCUCUUGUAUGUAUUUGAUGAUGUGACUUUAAUUUUGCUAAUAAAUGGAGAUUUUUUGUAGUAUGA